AUGCCGCUGCAAGGCGAGGUUUUCGGCGACCUGUGGGCCUUUGACCUCCAGGCCCAGCGCUGGGAAGAGCUCGUCCCGGACGGGGCGCGUCCCCCAGCCAGAACUGGUCACGCCACGGCCGUCGACUCGAAGUCCCGGUCCAUGGUCAUCUUCGGAGGUUCCACGUCAGAAGGUGUUACUCCUGGGGGAUCGGGCUUGAUCUCGGACGUGUGGACCUUCGACCUGGAGGCCAAGCGUUGGGAGGAGCUGAAGCCCCAAGGUGCGCGACCGCCGGCAAGAUGCUGGUCUUCGGCGACCUUCGACCCGAAGUCUCGGUCCAUGCUGGUCUUCGGGGGCUUUGCUCAGUCAGGCGCUGAUUUGGACGACUUGUGGGUCUUCGACAUCAAGGCUGGGCGCUGGCAGCAGCUGUGGCCUUCCGGCGCGCAGCCCGCGGGCAGACAUUCCUCUGCCACCGCCUACGAUGCGAAGUCCCGGUCUUUGAUGAUCUUCGGGGGCGUCGGCGUAGACAAGGGCCUGGACGACCUGUGGCUCUUCCGCGCCAAGGAUCUUCCCCAGCUUCUGCACCUGGGAAGGGAGCUGGCAAGGUGGCACGCGCAAGCCAGGGAGCCCUUGUCAGUGUUGCGGCUCUGCCUGGUGGGCAGGGGCCGUGUCGGGAAGACGACGACCCUGAGGCGCCUGCGGGGAGAGGAGCUGCCAGAGCAAGAGGAGGAGUCCACGGUGGGCGUGGAAGUUUGGACCCGCGAGGUGCCGUCGGACCUCUCCGCCCAGUGGCAGCAGGCUCAAGGCAAGAUCAUGGACAGGGCCGCUCUCGGGGCGCUUAGCAUGGUUGAGGAGGAGCAAGAGCCUGAGGAGGAUGAGCAAGAAGAGGAGGAAGAGAAGCAUGGGGAGGAGGCAGGAGGGAAGCAGGCGCCUGUCCAGCAGAGAGGUCCGCCAGGCUCCCCGAAGGCCGAGGAUGGUGGCAGAAGGGUGGGGGCAGCGGCGUCGCCGCAACGGCAGGGUGCUCAGGUGGUGGAGGCGGCGGAGGCAGCAGAGCUGGUAGGGCCGGCGCCACUGAACGCGGACUUCCUACUCAAGCUGGGAGGACGGCAGGGCGGAACGGAAGGAGCUGCAGGUCCUAAGCCAGAGCUGAGGCUCCAGGCUUGGGACUUUCCUGGCCAACGCGAGUAUUCUCAGCUUAAUCUGCUAUACUUCUCCAGCCGCGCCAUGUACUUGGUCUUCGUCGACCUGAGUGGAGACCCGGAGGAGGAGUGGCAGGAGCUGAAAUUUUGGCUCUGGGCGAUCGCCCAGUAUGCCAGCGAGCCGGCGCCAGAGUGGACAGAGCCGGCGCCAGAGUGGACCGAGGAUGAGGAUGCAGAGGUUGCUGAAAGCACAGCGCGCCCGAAGCCCCCAAUUUUCUUGGUGGGGACCCGGUGGGCCGAGCGGCGGACCGGGAUGGAGGAGUGGCUGCAACAGCGCAUGGAAAGCCUGCUGGAGCAGGUGCUGGGCCUGAAAAGCCAACUGCAGAAGAGCCAGGAUGACGAGUGCGGUUGCUGCUGGCUCUUCGGGGUGGAGAACAAGCCUCAGGCGCCUUCGGGUUGCAGGGGCAUCCCGGAACUGCGUGCGGCCGUGGCCCGGGCCGGCCUGGAGAUGGUCCUCCCCCAGACCGAGCGCAGCGAUCCCAGCGAGCCAAGCCAUAAAAGGGAAAAAGCGGAGGAGAAGGAAAAAAAUGAGGAGAGUGAGGAAUGUGAGGAGAAGGAGCCAAGCGCCUGCCACGCGGGCAUCUGCUCAGAGCGGUACCCAAUCCCCUGGCUCCGAGGCCACGACCUCCUCGCCCAGCUUGGCCAAGGGCUCCGGGGCACCGCUGACCUAAACGAGAUCAACAGGAAGGCACAACUUCAAGGUAGCAAAGAGAGCGAAGACCCCGCAGCUUGCCCGAGGUGCGGCGGCCAACUUGGGUAUCGACGACGUGGCUCGCUGAAGAGGCCAUUGAGGAUGAAGGCAAGCAGCGGGGAAGAGAUGCUGGCACCGAAAAAUGCAGCCCUCAAAACAGGAGUUUGCAAAGGCUGUGGAAGUCAGGUCGUGGAACUUUCCUACGACUUCCUGCCCUACGAGACUGUGGAGGAGCUGCUGCUCGGGAUGCGCCCGCAGGCCCUGGAGCCAGGCGACGUGAAACAGUUUCUCUCCCUGCUGCACAGCCUGGGCAGCUUGGUGUGGUUCCAUGAGCCAGAAGAGCUGCAAGAGCUGGUGAUGCUGAACCCCCGCAAGGUGGCGCUAGCCCUUUGCAGCCUGAUGUUCGUGCGCUUCCGAGAUGCAGGGCACUGGGCGCACUCCAAGGCCUUCGUGAAGGACAUGGAUGCGAAGGUGUCUCAAGCGGAUCGUGGGGAGGUGCUCCGGUUCAGGACGAGUGGUAUCAUCAGUGCACAGCUCAUGGACACGCUCUGGCCGGAGUUCGCAGAGAAUGAGCGAGAGCUGCUGAGGGAGGUGAUGAUCCAGCGCCGGCUGAUGGUCAAGAGAUCUGAGGCGGAGUUUACGAUCCCAUCCUGCCUCCCUGCAACUCAACUUCCCGAGCCGCCCAUCGCGCCGGAAGACAAGGUGAUCUACGUCAACCUGGACGGCUUCGUCACUGCCCAGCUCUUCCCCCAGCUCGCCGUGCGACUCCACCAGCAGCUCUCCAAAGCCAACUCGGAACUGAAAUCCGGGCCGCCCCAACUCUUCAGCAACCGACUGGAGGCCCGCUCUGUGGCGGGCACCGUCCAUGUAUCGCUCUUCCCAGUCGCGCAACCCAAGCUUCUGCGGAUCCACGCGAGCUCGGAGGAUCUUCUGCGGCAAGCCCGCGACGCCUUCCACAGAUCCAUGGGCUUCCGGAUCGGGGCUCUGCCGGUGAUGAGGGGUGGCACAAGGGACAUUGUGGAAGAGCUGGCCAGAAGAAUUCCGUGCCUGAAAGCAGAAUGCCCUGGGAGCUGUGAGCUCUGCCGAUUGGCGGCUCUUUUGGUGGAACGUUUUCAACUGGAUCUCAGCCCGGAACUCCGAGGCGUGAUCUCCGAAAUUUCCAUGUACGACCACACCCGUCCCUCGGGCAGCUUCAGGUUCAAGGCCUUCGACCACCCUGGAGACGUAGACCUCUCUGAGCAAGUCGUCCUCGAGGCGGACACGGACCAGGAGGCGUUGGAGCAGUUGGCGAAAAGGCUGCAGGAGAAGUUUGGACUCAGAUGGGGCGGUGGCAGCAUGGCCGGCAAGGCCGUCCACUGGGCCGGCCUGAAGACGGGGGACCCCACCUCCGAAGACCCGAAUCGUCUCCUGACGUGGACCUUGGAGGAGCUGCAGAGAGGCAAAAAGGAGGUCAAGCUUCAGAAGCCUCAGGGCACCACCAUUACAGAGAUGGUGGAUCUGGUGUCAGCACUGGCAUGCAGCGCGAGAGGCCGCACGGCCAAGAUCGACAUCUUUGCGAAGACGCGCCUCUUCCAGGACCGGCCAAGAGAUGCGCCCCGUUUCUUCGAGAUCACCAACGUGCUCUACGUCGGCCGCAUUGGCAAGGAUGACCCCCUCAGGCUCAUCACCCCAGUGUCCAAGGACGGACUGUUCAUCCAAUAUUUGGAAGAAGGCUUGAAGGACUACUCUGCCAAGCACCCCAAGGCAGUGAAGUACGUGAAACGCCUCUGGGAGAGGAGCGCUUUCCUGUCAGCCAGAGGUUUGGGGCGAGAGGCCCAUGUGGCCGCGCUGGAGCUGCUGCAGCCGCUCUUGCAGCACUGGGCUGCCGAGCUCUGCCAAGCAGCCGCCCACGCGGAGGCCCUGGCUGGCAUGAUGAAAAAAGCCGCGCAGGCCACGGGCAGGUCUGACUCAACCGCACGCCCCACCAACACGGCCGUGGACGACGCCUUUGCGGACGUGGCCGCCUUGUGCGACCGUCUGCAGGGGCUGCAGCUGAAGCUCUUGCGUGAGAAGCAGGCUGCCGCUGGCAUGGAAAGGGAAGCUGCCAGCGAAGGACUCGCAUCUGUCUCCCUCUGCCUGGCCAAGCUGGAGAAGGUCUCUACGAAGGUGAGGGCUCGGGACGUGCUGGAAGCCGUGCAGUUGGAGCUGGAGGGCUCUGCCGGGCUGGUGGUCACAAACAUGCUGGGCUCCAUGCCCCGCCUCGCAAAGCCUCUGGGGUGGCAGUGGCAAAUGCCCUCGGACCACCUUCCGGUGGGUGCCGUCAUCUUCGUGGCGGGCCGGAAGCUCCGCGCGGCCUCCUACAACGUCCUGAACAAGCGCUACUACAAGUACAUUCAAAGCGACUCACAGGGGCUCCAGGGCUCCUUGAUCUCCACCCUCCACGGCACCCCGGAUGAGGGCGCAGGAGGCGAGGAAGGCGAUGCAUGGGCAGAUGGCAGGGAGCGUUGGGUUGCAGAGCUGGUCUACGGGAUGUUGCACCCCGUGUUUCCCCACGUGGAGCGCGUGCACCUGCUUUCCCUGCAAGAGUGCUCCCCGGACUUCCUGCGGAUCCUCAAGAAGAGGCUGAACAAGCACGGGCGCUACGAGGUGCUGCAAAGUGGCGAGGAGGAUGCGAACCAGGAGGCUGUGGUCUUCGACCGCGAGUCUCUCACCUUGGUGGAGCAGACCUGCCACCGCGGCCACGCAGCCUACACGACGGCCGACGCCAAGAAGGUCAUCAUGGAGGUCAAGUUCAAGUUCCCCAUGGACAGUUCCAAGACUAGUCUCCGCCUGGUGACGACGCACCUGCCGGGGAAGCCCUUCGGUCCUGCCCGGCAAGAGUUUGCGGACUGCCUGGCCCGGCUUCUGAAGGAGGACCUGGAGUGCCUACCCACUUUGCUGCUCACGGACCUGAACUUUCCGGAAGAGGCCGUGGUGCCGCUCUUGAAGCGGCGGGAGGUGCACGCGCAGUUCGUGGAGAUUCCACAUCCCACCAACAUCUGCACGGGCGCGCUGCUACCGAAGAGGAUCGACAGCAUCGCCGUCAUCUCCACGCAGAGCAGUGAGAUCAGCGCCAAGGGUCUGUGCUUCAAGUCCAUCGCAGCUGUGGCGGGCGCCGUGGUGCGAGCCCGCAGUGAUGUCGACAAGCUGAAGCACGAGCCGGACACAGGAGAAAUCGGACGUGUGAUCGAAGUGAAGGGGUCCCGCGUGCAGAUCAACUUUCCUUCGAAGGUGGGCUGGAAAGGCGAUGUCACGGAGGUUGAGCUCUGCUCCUCGGAAGAGGCCAAACAGUUUCUGCAGUCCAUUACCUCCAAGCUCGUUACGGGCGCCGUUGUGCGAGUCCGAGGCGACGUCGAUGAGAGCAAGCGGGGUACAGUGUCCAAAGGUGAGCUGGGGUGCGUGACGGAAGUGAGCGGCACUGACGUCCUCGUCAGCUUUCCAUCCCACAAAGACUGGAGAGGCGAGAUCGACGAGGUGGAUCUGUGUUGUGCAGAAGAAGCGGAAAAGUUCCAGCCCAUCUUCCCGGGGGCCGUGGUGCGAGUCCGAGGCGAUGUGGACAAGCCUGGGCACGAGAGUCACAUGUCUCCAGGAGAGCGGGGGCGCGUGACCGAAGUGUGCGGGACCGACGUUCGGGUCAACUUUCCAUCGCAGUUGGGAUGGCAAGGCGAGAUCGAUAAGGUCGAGAUCUGUGCUUCGGAAGAGGCACAAGAAUAUAUGCAGGCCAUCACCUCCAAGCUCGUCACGGGCGCCGUGGUGCGAGUCCGAAGCGACAUCGACGAGUCGAAGUACAACGGAGAGGUGUCCAAAGAGGAGACGGGCUGCGUGAUCGAAGUGAUGGGGACGAACGUGCGCGUCAACUUUCCUACGCAAAAGGCGUGGAAAAGAUGCAAAGUCGAGAUCGACGAGGUGGAGCGUUGUUCUGCAGAAGAGGCGGACAAGUUCCUGCAGGCCCAGGCCAGCUCCAAGAUCGUCCCGGGCGCCGUGGUGCGAGUCCGAGGAGACAUCGACGAGCCGAAGCGUGGCUGGGGAAAGGUGUCCAAAGGGGAGAAAGGGCUUGCGGAAUUCGUGGACUACGAAAACGAUGUGUUCGUCCAGUUUCCGUCUGAGAGGAGAUACUUCCCCGUCGGCGAGGUCGAGCUCUGUUCUGCAGAGGAGUCGGAGGAGUUUGUGCAGUCCAUGCCCAAGCUCUUCGUGGGAGCCGUGGUGCGAGUUCGAGGCGAUGUUGACCAACCAAAGUAUGGCUGGCAAAACGUGUCCAAGGGAGACUUGGGGCGCGUGGCGGAAGUGGAGGGAUUCGGAGUGCGCAUCAACUUCCCGGCGCAAGCUCGCUGGAAAGGUCGCGUCGUGGAGGUGGAGCCUUGUUCUACAGAGGAGGAGUCGGAGGAAUUUUUGCAGUCCAUCCCCAAGCUCUUCGUGGGAGCCCUGGUGCGAGUCCGGGGCAACGUCGACGAGACGAGGCACUGGCAGAACGUCUCCGAGGGAGAUUUGGGGCGCGUGACGGAAGUGAAAGGGUUCAACGUGUGGAUCAACUUUCCGGCGCGAUGGGGCUGGAAAGGCGAGGUCGAUGAGGUCCAGCUCUGCUCCGCAGAAGAGUCGGAGGAGUUUCUGGAGGCUUGGGCGGUUCCCUUCCCCGGCUUCGAAGAAGCCGUGCGGCUGCUGGAGUCCAGGUCCCUUGAGCUCGACGAAGAGGCCAUAAUCCGGAAGGCGGCGGAGCUCCGCGCCGAGGCGGCGCUGAAACUUUCGGCUCUGGAGGGCCCUGGCACCUUGGCCGGGCCUGUGGGCAGCGCCCUGCGCAAGGCCACAGAGGCGAAGCCGAAGGCGGAGUGCUCGGAGGCUCAAAGUACACUGAAGGAGGCCAGAUCCGAAGAGAACAACGUGCAGACCGGUCAGAAGGCAAGCACUGGCAACGUGGCCCUCGGCGGCUGGAUGCGCUUGAUGGCGCUACGGGAGAUGGCGGGAGACGUAGAUGAUGCAGCCCCGGUCUUCGGCACUGAAGAGUGCAUGUGCGAUGCCGGGUGA